AUGCCAGCCCCUCAAACCGAGCAAGUUAUCAAACUUCUUGAAGUUCAAAGUGUCAAACUGAAUGAAGUGAAGAACAAUUUGAGACUCAAUCGCUACAAAGCCCAACAGGAUAUUCGCCAAGCAGUCGCUGCUAUGAUCGUCUCUCUUCGAGAGCGUGAAAGAGCGUUGAUUGGUGAUUUGGAUAGAGCAUUCUACGAAAAAGAAGGAAGACUUGUAAACCAAUUGGAUAUUGUAGCCGAAGAGCUUUCUGCCUGCAAUCUUGGGCUCCCUGCUCGUAAUUCCACUCUCAAUGUUGACGAUGAUGUACGUCUUGAAUUGGAUCUUCCAAUCUCAGAAAUUAGAGCAAUGCAUGAGAGAAUCACGAAAUUGGGAGAAAUCAGAGUAUCACAAAACUGCCAGCGACUUCCAGUGAUGAAGGUCGGACGUACUUUGCCUCUUGAUAUGGAAGCGUAUGAUGACGACAGCAUGUGGCUUUUGAGCAAGAAGAGCAAGACUGAUACCUCUCCGGACACUCCACAUGAAGUGGAUACUGUAAAGAACUGGCUUAGUCGCCUUCCAAACGGAAACGCUGCCUUGAAUUUCGAUCUUGCUUCGUUUGUUAGUGAAGAAACAAAAAGUGAGAGCUCUGAAAGUGCGGUCAGCUCUUUCGAGUUGCUUAAUGAGGUUGCUCUUUGCUUGAAAUACAAGGCCAAUGCAGAUAGAGCUUUCCGUGAGAGAAUGGAUACAAUUCAUAGCGAACCUUCGGAUAAGUGGCUUCUCAAAUCGGAUGAAGAAUCUACUUCUACACACUUGCCACGUGCUCCAGUUCCAAAGAGUUUCCGUUCUGAUGCCGACGAUGAUGAUGAUGAUCUAGAUGAAUUGAAUGGAGAUGAUGAGGACAUGGAACCAGAAUGUUCAUCCCAGUCUUACAAGUUUCUCGACGUCAUUAAUAAACUUCAAAACUCUGAUGACAGCAAAUGGCUGAAUUCUUCAGUUGGUCCAAACCAAACAGAAGAGGAAGAAGAUCAGAGUCCAGCUGCAAAUCAUAGAAGAUUCCUUCAAAAGCAUUACAUGUAA